AUGAGUAGCGUCCUGAACGGCAUCGUCCCCUUGGGGCUGGUGUUGCUGGUGUGUGGAACCCAAGGCUUCUUCCUGCCCAAUGCCACACACCUGGAGAGGCUACUCAGCAAAUACCAGCAGGACAGGCCCCACAGCCGAGCCCGGAGGGCCAUCCCCAGGACGGACAAGGAGGAGAUCCUCAUGUUGCACAACAAACUGCGGGGCCAGGUGUACCCUACGGCCUCCAACAUGGAGUACAUGACCUGGGAUGAAGAGCUGGAAAGGUCAGCAGCGGCCUGGGCCCAGGAGUGCAUCUGGGAGCACGGGCCCACCAGUCUGCUGGUGUCCAUCGGCCAGAACCUGGCCGUCCACUGGGGCAGGUACCGCUCUCCGGGGUCCCACGUGCAGUCCUGGUAUGAUGAGGUGAAGGACUACACCUACCCCUACCCCCAGGAGUGCAACCCCUGGUGUCCUGAGAGGUGUUCCGGGCCCAUGUGCACCCACUACACACAGAUAGUCUGGGCCACCACCAACAAGGUCGGCUGUGCCGUGCACACCUGCCAGAGGAUGAACGUCUGGGGAGAGGUCUGGGAGAAUGCGGUCUACCUCGUCUGCAACUACGCUCCAAAGGGCAACUGGAUUGGAGAAGCCCCCUACAAAAAUGGCCGGCCCUGCUCGGAGUGCCCCUCCAGCUACGGAGGGGGCUGCAAGAACAACCUGUGCUACCGAGAGACCUACGACCAAACAUCUGAAACGGAGGAGAUGAACGAGGUGGAGACAGUCCCGAUUCCUGAAGAAAAACACGUGGGGGUCCAGCCGAGGGUGAUGAGGCCCAAGAAGCCCGUUAAAGACUCUGUGGUCAGCUACAUGGCCCAGGUCGUCAAGUGUGACACCAAGAUGAAGGACAAAUGCAAAGGCUCCACGUGCAACAGGUAUCAGUGCCCUGCCGGCUGUUUGAACAACAAGGCAAAGAUUUUUGGAACCAUCUAUUACGAAAGUUCCUCCAGCAUAUGCCGCGCUGCGAUUCACUACGGAGUCAUCGACGACAAAGGAGGGCUGGUGGAUGUCACCAGGAACGGGAGGGUCCCUUUCUUCGUGAAGUCGGAGCGGCAUGGUGUGACCUCUCUGAGCAAAUACAAAGCUUCCGGUUCAUUCAUGGUGUCAAAAGUGAAAGUGCAGGACCUGGAUUGCUACACCACCGUUGCUCAGCUCUGUCCAUUUGAAAAGCCGAUGACUCACUGUCCAAGGGUCCUCUGUCCCGCGCGCUGCAGAGAUGAGCCAGCCUACUGGGCUCCUGUGUUUGGAACCAACAUCUAUGCCGACACCUCCAGCAUCUGCAGGACAGCGGUGCACGCGGGCGUCAUCAGGGACGAGAGUGGGGGCUACGUGGACCUGAUGCCCGUGGACAAGAAGAACAACUAUGCAGGCUCGCUCAGGAAUGGUGUCCAGUCAGAAAGGUGCCGAUGGCACCCUUCCUCUCAGGAGAGACUGGAGACCCAGCCUGUUGGUAGGAGCUGCGGCUGGGAGCCCGUCCUGCUGCCUGUUGGUGGAGGCCCAGUGAGCUGCAUAACUGGGCCCUGCUGGAGCAAGGACCCGGAGGGUGAGCCUGUAGGCCUUGUGCACAAGGUGCGUCUCGGGGCCGCAGCCUCCUAUCCCCGAUGA